UCCACUGAUAUUCAGGUGGGAAUCCUGCUGCGGGCAGCAGGCAACCGGACCAAGGAGGAAACAGUUGAAGGAUCUGGAACUAUCCGGAAGCUCCAUGGGUUCAGAACUGUUCGAGGAUGUGGCUAUAACUUUCUCCCAAGAAGAGUGGAAGUGCCUGGAGCCUGUUCAGAGGGAUCUGUACAGAGAGGUGAUGUUGGAAAACUACAGCCAUCUGGUCUCACUGGGUCUUGCCAUAUCCAAACCUGAUGUGAUAGCCAUCCUAGAGCAAGGAAAAGAGCCAUGCAUAGAGCAAAGGGUUUCAGUGGGAGGGCUGUGUUCAGCAUUGGAAUCUGGAUGUGGUACCAAGACAAGGUCCUCCAGUCAACAUACGUUUGAUGAUGACUCGACACAGAUAACAGAAAGCCUUCCGAGCUGCAGUCUUGAGAGCUCAAGACUCCAAGAUGACUGGGAAGGCAAAGGCCUAUUUGAUAGACAACCAGGAAAUCCAGCCAGAAAUGCCGGUCCAGUGUCCAUCCGUCACAAAGCAAUGCCCGCAUUAAGCCAGCACAUGUCUCUUACUUUUUACCAGACAAAGUCCUGUAGAUAUAAAAAAUGCAAAAGGGGCUUCUGUCAAGAGCAGUUUGUUAUUAAGCAAGGAAUUCAUACAAAUGAGAAGCCCUACAAGUGUAGGGAGUGUGGGAAGGCUUUUAAACAUGGCUCAAGACUAAGCCAGCAUGAGAAUAUUCAUUCGGGCAAGAAGCCUUAUGAAUGUAAAGAGUGUGGGAAGGCCUUCAAUUCUGGUUCAAAUUUCAUACAACACCAGAGAGUUCAUACAGGUGAGAAGCCUUAUGCAUGUAAAGACUGUGCUAAAGCCUUCAGUCGAAGUUCCCAGCUCAUUGAGCAUCAGAGAAUCCAUACUGGGGAGAAGCCCUAUCAAUGUCAGGAGUGUGGCAAGGCUUUCAGUCGUAUCUCACAUCUCAAAGUACAUCACAGAAUUCAUACUGGGGAAAAGCCCUAUGUGUGUAAGGAGUGUGGGAAGACCUUUAGCCAUAGGUCUCAAUUGAUUCAACAUCAGACUGUUCACACUGGCAAGAAACUCUUUGAGUGUAAAGAGUGCAGGAAGGCUUUUAAUCAAGGGUCCACUCUAAUCCGACACCAGAGAAUUCACACGGGAGAGAAACCGUACAAGUGUAAGGCAUGUGGCAAGACCUUUCGAGUGAGCUCACAGCUUAAGCAACAUAACAGAAUUCACACCGGAGAGAAACCGUACCAGUGUAAGGUUUGCGGUAAGGCCUUCAGGCGGGUCUCGCAUCUCACAGUACACGACAGAAUUCAUACGGGUGAGAAGCCAUUCAAAUGCAAGGAAUGUGAGAAGGCCUUUAGUCACGGUUCACAGCUGAUCCAACAUCAGGUGAUCCAUUCCGAGGAAAAGUCCUGUAAGCAUAAGGGACGCCAGAGGAGCGUAAAGCGGGAUCCAACAUCCGAGCAUCCAAGACUGCGCAAUAGAGGAACACACAGGAACAUAGUAAAUGCAGAAAAGCCAUCUCUCGGCACUUACCCACUAUUAAUCAUCAGGGAAUUUGUUGGCAAGCAGCCACGUGAAUGGACGUAAUGCAUAGAGCCCUUUAGCUUAAUAACUGUGCGUCUUCAAGAAAGGGUAGAUAAAUGUACUGCAAAUGAGAUGCCUCUAUUCAGUUUAUCCUAAAUGAAAACAUUUGUGUGUUGUCUCCCAACACAAUCCAGAACCUAUUCAUGGGAUUUUUGUGUUGUUUUGUGUUUGUUUGUUUUGAGAC